AUAUUUUUCUACUCCUUACGUGUAAAAUUUAACAGCGGAAGGUGCUAAAGAUCGGCCGUAGGCGUCACGGUAUUAGAGCAAGGGUUCGAAAAGUUGCCCGCAAUCAACAAAGUGUUGCUCGUGCUUCUCCCGGUGGUGCCGUACCAGUUUUGGGUUCUUAGUUCAUGGAAGUGGUUUCGCUGCCACCGCGAUGGCUACAAUGAUAAGUUCGGAUAGUAUUGAGCUUUCCUUGAAAGAUCUUUCACUCAGCGAUGGUGCGAGUACAAACGACGAGAACAGUAAAAUCCUCAAAUGGAACUUACCGUUGAAGGACUUGUACAAGUUGGCUUGUAGUUUCUACAAGGAAAAGUCCGGCAAAGCGAUUCACCUGAGCUACGAGGAUAAUCUGAAGCUCGUAGCCUUCACGCAGCAGGCAGCGCACGGUCCGCUGGACCUCUCGCAAGCCCCGCCAUUGGGCAUGUUUGACGUGAUCGGUAAAGAUAGAAGAAUCGCGUGGCAGCAACUCGGUACGAUCACGAAGCUGCAGGCGAUGGAAGGUUUCAUCGAUUUGCUCGAUCGCCUGUGCCCUCUUUUCAAACCAUUUGUCGAGGCGAUCAAGAAGGACAAGGAGGAAAAGUUGCGAAAAGCGGAGCAGGAGCAAAUCCAGCGCAAUGAGGCACAGGCGGCAGAAAAGGUGCGGAUGGCGGAGGUGCAGCGGAUCGAGGACGAGAAGAAUCGCGAGGAACUUCAGCGGCGCCAACUGCAGGACGCCCUGAAUCAGCAGACGUACCAUCAGUUCAAGGAGUACGCCGAGAUACAGUUUCCUGGCAACCCCGAACAGCAGGCCGUGCUGAUUCGACAGCUGCAGAACGAACACUAUCACCAGUACAUGCAGCAGCUGCAGGCACAGGUUGCUACGAACUACAGCCGCUUGAAGGGAGACGAAGGGGCCGACGGGGACGUCGAGAACUCGCCCGGUGUGGGCGCUGGAACCGUUACCAGUAACAACGAACAGGACGCGUUCGUCGCAAACUCUAACGCAAAAGAAAGCAGUCAAUUCGAGUUUAAGGAACAAUGUGACAGUGACAACGACUCCGGAGAUUACGCAGUCAUCAGCCCGGCAAACAUGUGGACUAAGGCGGACAUAAAACUGUUCAAACAGGAGGUGACGGCCGGAAAGGGUGACGGUGUGAUUCGCGUGAACCACGGUGACACGGUGACGGUAAAAGUUCCAACUCACGAAGGCGGUUCUUGUUUGUUCUGGGAGUUUGCGACGGAUAACUACGACAUCGGUUUCGGGGUGUACUUCGAGUGGGGCAAACCGCCAACGACCGAGGUAUCGGUGCACAUCAGCGAAAGCGACGAAGACGAUGAUACGAUAGAGGAAGACGAAGAGGUAAUCUGCGCCGAAGACCUUGAGUGCGGCCCGGCCCCCGGCAACCAACUGGUGAGCAGCAGUCGAAUGGUCGGACCCCGGAAUCCUAUUUCCAUCAUCAUCCCGAUCUAUCGACGCGAGUGUCACCAGGAGGUGUACGCCGGUUCGCACACCUACCCGGGUGAAGGGACCUAUUUGCUCAAGUUUGACAACUCCUACAGCUUGUGGCGUCCCAAGACUCUUUAUUACAAGGUUUUCUACACACGAUAAUCUACCCAACGAGCGGACCACGUAGUAGAUCGCACAACAGACAAAGAGAACAGAGGGAAGGCACGGAUAUGGUGGGCCAAAGCAGCGAGAGUGAUUGUUUAACAAUUGUUUAGCGUAGCAAUAGACGUGAGGGGGCACUAAUGACCCUUCGAUGGAGGGAAUGCGAACCCAGACCCAGUGGUCGAAUAUUCGGUGUCUACUCGUUGAUACACACUUUGCGAGCUAUGCACUUUGAGCUGUGGAGCUGAUGAUGAUGGUCGGUAACAUAAGAAACUGUUCUCUAAUUCAAUAGAGUAUAUUGAUUGCAAUAGUUAAAUAUGGUUUCCGUUUUGUCGAGUCUAAUAUCAGGGGAAUAGAUCGGGGAGUGGUCCAUUCCAAGUAUUUAAAUGAGUGUAUCUGUAUCCGCGUAGUGCAAUGCGAGAGCGAAAGAAAAUGAGUGGCCCAGCACCGGCAUGAGGGCGCUAGCUAAAUGAAAUGAUAAAAAACAACUAUACUUA